ACAGACGCCUUUCCCCGGAUGGUGCCCCUGCGGCCCCCGGAGGUCCCGGGCCAGCCGCCCCCUCCCCACCUGCAGUGUCCCCUGGCCCGGCCCGACCCCAGCAGCUUCGCCGCCAGCCUCCGGGAGCUGGAGAAGUGCGGCUGGUACUGGGGCCCCAUGAACUGGGAGGACGCGGAGAUGAAGCUGAAGGGAAAACCCGACGGAUCCUUCCUGGUGCGCGACAGCUCCGACCCGCGCUACAUCCUGAGCCUGAGCUUCCGCUCGCAGGGCAUCACCCACCACACCCGCAUGGAGCACUACCGAGGUGAGGGACACGGGAUGAAAUUCCAAGGUCUCCCUCCGACGCCCGUCCAGCUCCUGUAUCCCGUCUCCAGGUUCAGCAACGUCAAAUCCCUGCAGCACCUUUGCCGCUUCCGCAUCCGCCAGCUGGUCCGGAUCGACCACAUCCCCGAGCUCCCCCUGCCCAAGCCCCUGAUCUCCUACAUCCGCAAGUUCUACUACUACGACCCGCAGGAGGAGCAGUACCUGUCCCUCAAGGAGGCCCAGCUCAUCUCCCGACACAGGCAGGAGCCGGAAUCCUCCACGUAGCGGAGCCGCCCCGGCACUGACGGAAUUUGGUUGUUGCCCUCCUGCCGUGCUGGGGAGGAGGCCGAGCUCCUGCUGCUGCUGCUCCUGCUCUUUUCCCUGGAGGAGAGGGCCCAGCAUUCCCGGGAAACCCAGCAUUCCCGGGAAACCCAGCAGAGCAGGAUCCGGAGCCCCGGCUCCCGGGAAAAGGAAUCCUGGGGGAACCGAGCCCGGCCCCGCGGGAUCCUCGCGGAACAAAGAAUGUCACGGCACUA